GGAUCUCAGAGGCGGCUGCCCGGAAAAAUCCCCGUUCUUAGGAAUCGAAACCAACUUUUUCCUGAUCACGUGGUCCUUAGGAGGUCCGAGAAGUCUCGCGUUUUGUUGCACCGGGGAGAGGAGGAAAAGAAUCCCUUGCCAGAUUACACUGUGGCACCUGAUUUGCUCUCCUGCCUGGGCCCCACAUCCAGCAUCUCCCAUGGGGACUCAGAGGCCCCUCAUAGUGCCCUGGCUGUUGGAGCAGCUGGAUGCCCAGAGAUUUCCAGGGGCGUCAUGGCUGAACCCAGAACGGACCCGGUUCCGAAUACCGUGGAAGCACAAGUCUCGACAGAGUGCUACCCCAGAAGAUUUCCAGCUCUUUGAGGCUUGGGCCACUGCCAGCGGCUGCUACGAUCCAAGGACUGAUGUCCCAACGCCUUCGGAAUGGAAAAGAAACUUCCGCUCUGCCCUGAACCGAAAGCCAGAGAUUAAAAUGAUAGCCGAUAACAGCACAGAUUCGGAAGACCCUCACAAAGUGUUUGAAAUCCAGCGUCCUGCCAGUCCAAAUGACCAUGCGCAGCCAGCGGCUUGUGGGGUGCAUAAAAAUCUGGGAGUAAGUGGAGACAGCUCACCUCCUUGCCAGGAUGACUUACUAGAAAAUGUGCUGAAGUCCCUGGACCUGGCCGGUUCUGAACAAGGAGCAGAAAACCCAACUUACUAUGUAGGAUUACCCCACUCUGGUGUGGAUCUGACUCCGCCAACAGUCCCGAUGAUACCGUUGGAACCAGCCUUGUACACCAAUAAUUUUGUGCCAGCAACAGAUAAUGCAGCUUCCUGUGUAGGCCUCCCCCCAUCUGGUUUGGAUCAGGCCCCACCAGCAACUCCACUGACACCAUUGGAGCAGCUCAUGAAAUCCAAUGUGCUAGAAACAGAUUACGAAGUGCGGGUCUAUUAUAGAGGUCGGCAGGUCUUCAUCGAGACGUUCAGCAACGUGCAGGGCUUGUGCUUCGUGCCUCCUGGAUCCCCGGUCACUUAUCCGGAUUUAGCAACUGUGAUGUUGCCUGACACCUCUGCCUUGAAUGACCAGGUGCAAGCAGCGUUCACCAAUCGCAUUCUGCAACGCCUGGCCCCUGGAGUGCUACUCCGCAGCCAAGGUCCAUUGCUCUGCGGCACCCGGCUGGGCCCUUGCCGUGUCUUCUGGAGCCACUCUGAGACGCCUACAGCUGAGAUGCGUUAUGGGGGACUCCCAAAGGAAUGCUUUGGUGGCCUUUACAGCCUGCAGCAGUUCGUGCAAGAACUGAUUGAAUUCCUGGAGGGACGCAAUGGCUCCCCUAACUAUACUCUAUGGUUAUGUUUUGGGGAGGAUUGGCCUGAUCCUGAUCCCAAACGCCUUUGGAAGAAAAAACUGGUCAUGGUACAGGUCAUCCCCAAGGUGUUUGAAAUGCUUCACGAACUGAGCAAGGCAAAUGGGGCGUCGUCGUUGAACGGAGCUGAACCAGACCUGAGGAUAUCAGACUCGCUGCAGGACUCUACCCUUUUGGAGUGCCUGAGAGACUGGGAGGAGAGGAUGGAUGUGCAAGCUGUGGCUAUUUCAGUCACACCUGACACUCCCUUUGGGCCCUUCUCAUCACCUGUGGCAUGAGGAAGGGACCAUUCAGCCAGCUGAACUGCAGCCCCGCCCCCUCUCCCUCCUUAAGGUGAUGGCAGCUGUUCCUUAGUCAUCCUUCUAAUGGGGCAGUUGAUUUUACUCAGAGCAACUCAGUAUACACUUACUUGUUUCACUUUCAGAAUCACCACUCAUUAGUAGUACUCACUGCACUCCUGUCAGAAGCCAAGCAUAGGAAAAGCCACUUCCUAUAACUAAUCCAGUUAUGCUGUAUUUUUUUUACUACUGCUUCUGUUGUUUGCACUCAGGGUGUGUUAAGGGAAAGGUACAGAGGAGUUUGGUCAGUAUUGUUCAGGGGUUAGUUAUUUUUAAAAUGGAUCUCAGAAAUCUCAGCUCUGAAUAAACAUUUUAAGCCCUCAAUGAUGCAGUGUUUUCCCCCCUAAACAAAAAUCUUUCUCACUUGCUUUUAAGGUUCUUCAUUAUUGUGAUACUUCAGAUUCCAUUUUUCCUUUUCUUUCUGGCUCUGCUUACCGUUUUGGCUCUCCCUUUUCUUCUGUGCUGUCUGCUGUUCAAGUUCUUGCUUCCUUCUGUUGAAGUGUUUAAGAAAACCUUGUUCCGCGCUGCAUUUUCUUCAAUAAACUCUUUUAAGCAGUUA